AUUAGUACCGUUGCGUCCAAGCCCCUGUGUGGCGCAUUUUGGAGCUAUGUAAAUGUUUCUUACACCCAGGAGAGCAUACAGAAGGAUAUUCGCGUGGUGUACAAAACAAUUUUAAGGCGAUGGGCAACUCCUACGCGGGGCAGCUCCACAGCACGCGUUUCGAGGAGGUUCUGCACAGCUCCAUCGAGGCCUCUCUGCGCUCCAACACCGUCGUGCCGCGACCCGUAUUCUCACAGCUGUACCUGGAGGCAGAACACCAGCCCUCCACACAGAACGGUCGAGCGGAGAAUGAGGAGGAUGAGGAGGAGGACGGCUCCGAGUCCAACAGCCCCCCCCUCCCCUACCAGAUGAAGCCCCCGCCCGAGGGAAGCUGCACGACAGAUGGCUUCUGCCAGGCGGGCAAGGACCUGCGUCUGGGCUCAAUGGCAACGGAUUGUCUGGAGGUUCCGCCGGGCUUCCAGCUGGUGGGGGCCAAGUCUCCCGGCGCUCCAGAACACAUCCUGGUGUGCGCCGUCGACCGACGCUUCCUGCCCGACGAGCGCGGACGCAACGCACUUUUAGGCUUCGCGGGGAACUGCAUGGGCUGUGGCGAGAAGGGGUUCCGCUACUUCACCGAGUUCUCCAACCACAUCAACCUGAAGCUGACCACGCAGCCCAAGAAGCAGAAGCACUUGAAGUACCACCUGCACCGCAACGCACAGGGACACCUGCUCAGGGGACCCUUAAUACGCUGGAGAGGCGCAGAAGCGCGAGUGAGGCAUACAGCUGCCGUGGUACCCGUGGCCCCCAAUGGAGGAGACGAUCACGCUAAUGCCCCCCCACCCACAGCCACACACACACAUGGUGGCACGCACACACACUCGGGCACGCACACGGGCACACACACACACAUGGGCGCAGGUGGCCCAGCCCUCAACACAGCCAACUGCACAGAUCCAGUGCCCCCCCUGCAGGCUGCAGAGAACCCUCACGGCCUCACCAAUGGCAACCACCACUGCCCACCCUCCCAGCAGACACUGCAGCAGUCUGGACCCGCCACCUACGGCAGGCCUUCUGUUAUAGGCACCAUCACCAACGCAGGCCCCCCGAAGAAGAGGCACAAGGGCUGGUCACCCGAGUCAUCGGCCGCCGGGGACGCCGGAGCCAAAACCACAUCCACCGCAGCCCCUGGAACCAGAGCAGACAAUGGAGGCCCAGGCAGCGUGUCGCAGGGGUCCUCGCCGCCACUGGCUGCGGGGGAGUCCGUCACAGUGCCCGACUUCCUGAUUCAGACCUGCAAGCUCCAGCCAGUCAUAUUCAGAGGCCACGGGAAGCUGCCUGCGUUGUGCGGUAACAGUGGCGAGGUCCUGGUGAGCCCCCUGCUGCAGGCGUGCUACCGCAACAGCCAGGCCCUGCCACGCCUCUACGAGCAGUACGGAGCCACGCCCAUACAGCCCCUCUCCACCGAGAUGCAGAUACUGCUCACCGUCUACUACCUGGUGCAGCUAGGCCCCCACCAGAUGCCCCUGAUCGAGGACCUGGAGCAGAUCUUCAUGCGCUCGUGGCGAGAGUCCCACCUGACGGAGAUCCGCCAGUACCCCCAGACCCACCCCCACACCCACACCCUCCCCCCGCUGCCCGCCGGCCUGGACCAGCCCCUCACCCCCACCCAGCUGCCCUGGCUUGCCCGAUUGGCCGCCAGCUCCAGCGGCGAGGGCGUCGUGGUGCUUGACGGAGCCUCGUCAUUGGCCGAGGGCCUGGAGGAGGUUUUUCAUAGGCUGAUGGAGGGCCGUCUGGCUCAGAGCAGCUACGUGGUGAUCAUAUGCAUGGGCAAGAGCCAGACGCUGCAGUCCUGUGUGGUGGUCACAGGCAAGCAGCAGUGCAGAGCCCUCGCGGAGAGCAUGGUGACCCCCAUUGAGAACGUGAAGCAGAUCAGCUAUGAGAUCUACUCCGGCAUGACCGCGGAGCUCAGGGCCUUCUUCAACUCCCUGGGGCCCGAUGAGGACCUGGAUGGUCUGUUGGAGAAGGCAAGUGUAGAGAGUCGCAGCAGUGCCACCUCUCUGGCCAGCACACAGGACUCACCAGAGGACAGCCCCAAACCGGCCUGCACAGAGUACCGCGUGGAGUGGCAUGAGAUCCGUGCCAUCCAGUUGGCGGUGGCGCGUAAGCUGCUGUCCCACGUGUGUGCCAUCGCCGACUCCAGCACCCAGAACCUCGACCUUGGCUCCUUCGACAAGGUCGAGUUCCUCAUCUGCGUGCCGCCCUCUGAGGUGGCCUUCCAACAGGUCAUCCUGCACCUCUGCAACUCAGGUGUGCUGCACGAGCUGGGUCUGGAGCAGGAGGGCUUGUCUCUGCAGCAGCUGGAGCAGUUUGUGGUGAAGCUGGACCAGGAGGCGGUGGGUCGCAUAGAGGCGCUCACCCAGAAGGCCAAGAUGAACCCUUACACACUCUUCAUCCUGGUGCACGACCACGCACACUGGGACCUGAGCAGUUCCCACUACAGCAGCGCGGGCUCGCGUGAGGGCUUGGUGGACAGUCUGCUGAACUGCCGGCAGGUGCACGAGGCGCCCAACAUCCUGACCCUCCACGUCACCUCCUUCCCCUUCGCCCUGCAGACACAGUACACACGCAUCAGCCCCUACAACGAGAUACACUGGCCCUCCUCAUUCAGCAACGAUGUGGAUCUGUACCAUGAGAAGACCAAGUACUUUGGCAUCUCGGAGCUGCUGGAGUCCACGCGGUCGGGGGCCGGACUGCCCCUCCUGCGCUUCGACAGCUCCUUCGAAAACAUGGCCGCCGUCGUAGAGGAGAGGUUCCCCAAGCUGCACAGUGCCGUGAUCCGCACCCAACUCCUGGUCCAGCACUACUCCGUGGCUCUCAUGGUAGCGGCAGGUCAGUCACACCUGCAGAAGCACACCUCCGUGGAGACGCUCGAGAUCGUCCAGUGCCUGCUCUCCGCCGCCCAGCGUUGCCCCAGCAACCACGGUCACAUGGUGCUGCUGCGCGUGGCCUCGCCAGCGCUGGCUCUGGUCGCCCAGCAGCGGCUAGCGCAUGUGCGCGACAAGCUGGGCUUCCAGAACCGCUUCGAGGUCGUCCUGGGCAACCCCAGCUCCGCCCUGUCGCUCGGCAAACACUUCCUGGAACAACUCAAGGUGUGGAUGAAGGUGCAAGAUCCUGAUUGGAAGCCACGUACCUAUCUGGAACUGGAGGCCCUUCCCUGCAUCCUCAUCCUCGCUGGGGCCGACCCGCUCGGGGAGUCCCUACCACGCUCUCUGAAGUACUGUGACCUGCGCGUGAUCAGCUCUGCGUACCUGCAGCGUACGCCCCUGGAGCAGGAGCUGGGGCUGGCGGCGUACCUGGUGAAGGUGGGCCCCCGCGAGGGCCCCGGCCGCCCCAACACCGCCAGCGACCUCUCCGAGAGCGACCCGGACAAGCUCAGCAGUACUGACAACGAGGAGGAGGAACUGGCCGCCCAGGCCCCCUCACAGCCUCUCCCAGACGCCAGAGACCCAGUCCGAGUCUCCCGCCCAGGCCCAGAGGCCGACCCCUCCACCACCACCCAGCGUCGGCCCUCCAAGUCCACCUCGUCCGGCUCCGGGGGGUCGUCGGCUUCCACGCGCGCCUCCACCCCCCGCCAGCGCUGCUCCUGGGCCCGCAAUCUCAACCGCCCGCCCGUGGUGCUGCUGCCCAGGGCUGUGUAUCAGGUCCUAACGGCUCCGGACGCCAGUGGCCUGCCCAAGAGCACAGCUCUGCUGCCUCACCCGUCUGUGGAGUGGGCCAGCUCCUUCAGGCCCCUGCUGAGCAAGAUCAUGACAUGCACGGAGCAGUCUCUCUACUACCGCCAGUGGACGGUGCCCAAGCCCGCGCACAUGGACAGCAGUAACCGGGCGCCCGAGGGACGCUCCGACAACUUCCACCCCCGCAGGCUGCUGCUCAGCGGGCCGCCACAGGUGGGGAAGACGGGAGCGUACCUGCAGUUCUUGGGCAUCCUCUCUCGCAUGCUGAUCAGACUGAUGGAGGUGGACAUCUACGACGAGGAGGACAUCAACUGCAGUGAUAAGCUGCCUGUGUUGCCGCAGCAGCAGGUUGGUGUGUCAUGGCCCAGUACGGAGGUCAUGAGGUCCAUCCCCUUUGACUACACCAUCCACGACCCCAAGUACGAGGGCAUCAGCCCCAUAUACUCCCCCGACUACACUCCUUCUGAGGAAGGUAACCCGCGGCGACAGGAGGAUGUGUACCUGCGGCGUCGCACCUCUCGCAUCAAGCUGUCCAAGUACGCCGCCUACAACACCUACCACCACUGCGAGCAGUGCCAUCAGUACAUGGGCUUCAACCCCCGCUAUCAGUUGUAUGAGUCCACGCUCCACACCUUCACCUUCUCCCACCUGCUGCUGGGGGAGGAGAUCCAGCUCUACUUCAUCAUCCCCAAGUCCAAAGAACACCACUUCGCCUUCAGCCAAUCAGGAGGCCAGCUGGAGAGCCUCAGGCUGCCCCUCGUCUCUGAUUGGAACCCGGACUGCAUCAAGAGCCCGAUCUUCACGCCCACCACGGGCCGUCACGAGCACGGCCUGUUCAACCUGUACCACGCCAUGGACGGGGCCUCGCACCUUCACAUCCUGGUGGUCAAGGAGUACGAGAUGGCCGUCUACAAGAAGUACUGGCCCAACCACAUCAUGCUCGUGCUGCCCACCACCUUCAACGGAGCCGGCAUCGGCGCGGCCCACUUCCUGAUUAAGGAGCUGUCCUACCACAACCUGGAGCUGGAGCGGAGCAGGCGCGUGGAACACGGCAGCCGGCCGCACGACGUCUGGCCCUUCAUCAUCCUGGCGGACGACUCCUGCGUCAUGUGGAACGCCCUGGACGUCGAUCCCAAGAGUGGCAGUAUGGGUACAGAGAGGAACGUGUCCCUGAAGCAGGUGCUGCAGCACAUGGAGUCAUGCGCGGACAUCACCCAGUACGGCCUGUGCGGACUCAGGAAGUGGUCCAGUCGCCACGGCAACCAGACGGGGGGCGCGGGAGGCGCGGGGGCCGGGGGGCGGCACGGUAAUCACGGUAACCGGCGCCACGAGCCCUUCUCGCGCGGACACUUGCACGACUUCCUGCUCCUCAACGUGGACCUGACGCAGAACGUGCAGUACAACCAGAACCGCUUCACGUGUGAUGACGUGGACUUUAACCUGAGGGCGCACAGUGCCGGCCUGCUGGUCUGUCGCUUCAACAACUUCAGCGUGAUGAAGAAGCAGAUCACCAUCGGAGGAUACCGCACCUUCAUCGUCAAGACCAAGAUGACGGACGUGCCCACCACGGUGCAGCCCUCGCAGUACAUCUGCGCCCCGGACAGCAAGCACCCCUUCCUGUCCACGCCCGCCCAGCUGCUGCUGGAGAAGUACCUGCAGCACACCAGCCAGCGCCUCUUCCCCCUCAGCGCCCGCACAUACAGACACCCCGUGCUGUCAGUAGACUGCUACCUCAACCUCGGCCCUGAGGUGACAGUGUGUUUUGUCAGCUCCCGUCCCCACUCCAUCAACCUGAGCACCAAUGGGCUGCUGUUCGGAGGACUGCUGCUCUACUUCUGUGACACCUUCGUCACGCCCGGCUUCCUCAAGAAGUUCCACUUCCUCAAAGGUGCCACCCUGUGUGUGAUCUGCCCUAACCGCUCCGCCCUGCGCCAGACGGUCGUGCGUCUGGAACUGGAGGACGAGUGGAGGUUCCGUCUGAGCGACGAGUUCCAGACAGCCAAUGCCAAAGAGGACCAGCCCCUUUUCUUCCUCACGGGGAAACACAUCUAA